AUGGGCUCGACAUUACCUUUUCUCUUGCUGCUCCUGCAAACUGUGGUAGUCCAUGUAUCCGCCGAUCAGAUACCUGUCAUCAAGUACGUCCAAUGUGCCAACUCUACCAUCUCCAACCAUCCCGUGGUAAUGAAGGGAAAGCGCUUUUAUGAUUCACAAACAGACCAGUAUUUCCCAGUCAAGGGAAUUGCCUACUACCCUCGACCCAAUGAGGGAACACUCUCCACCGGCAGCAAUUCGGUAGAUUUCUUUACCGAAGGCUUUCGUCAUCUCUGGGAACCAGAUAUUGCGCAAUUACAGCAGUUGGGAGUCAACACCAUUCGCAUCUACGCGGUGGACCCGAGUCAGAAUCAUGAUGCCUUUAUGUGUGCCUUGCAAAGUGUGGGAAUCCAUGUCAUUGUCGGGUUGCUGGCCGAUUGCGAUGGAUGUGCCAUUGGACCCAACGAGGCACCAUCCUGUUAUCCGGCAUCGCUCAAGGCACGUGGACAGUGGAUCAUUAAUGAGUUUUCCAAAUACGCCAAUACGCUUGCCUUUUCCGCGGGGAAUGAAGUCACGUUGUAUGCCCGAGACAGACAGAUUCAACUCAAUGCUCCCUGUCAAAAGAAGUUUCUACGAGAUAUGAGAGCCUAUGUCAGCACGUGCAGCGAGGUCCUCAACUCCAUCUUGCCACGCAAAGUGCCCAUUGGACUGGUCAAUUGGGAUCACGAACGACAACUUCAGGCAACCUACUUUGGUUGUCAGAACGAUCCCAAUGAUCCAUUAGAACCAGUCGAGUGGUACGGCCUGAAUGCCUAUCAGCACUGCAAUCCGAAUAUCCCACUGGUGGGAUGGGAGCAGAUGCGACAAGAUUUUGAAGCCAUCAAUCUACCGGGUCCUAUGAUUGUCGCCGAGUAUGGGUGCCGAGAAUCCUCAUUCCCCACUGUGGGAGAAUUCCAAGCACAGCGGACAUGGGAGCAAGUGGAUGCCCUCUACAGCGAAACCUACUCGAAUGUCUUUGCUGGAGGAGUCGUCUUUGAAUACUCGGCCGAGAAAUUGGUGGCCGACACAUCUCCUCAGGGCAAUCCAUGGCCGUACAAUGGUUUCAUGAAACUCCAGUACGGCGUGGGUUACUACACACCCUUGGAAUGCGAUCACCUCACAACGCACUGCCAGUACAUUCCUUAUCCGGAGUAUGAGUCACUGCGAACCAAGUUGGCGGCUGUAGAUGUUUCGUACGUUCCCAACAUGUCACAACAAGACAACAGCAACGUGGGUCAGAUCCCUCAGUGUCCCCAGGGCAUUCCUUCUAUCCUAGAUUUUGAAUGGCUCACGGAUAUGGAACCUGACCUGCCUUGCUAUGUCGUGGCUACCCGACCCCCCACCUUUGCUCCCAGCGAGUCCCCUUCGAUGGUUCCAUCGGCAACACCUUCACUGAGGCCUACCGUGUCCCCCACAAAUUUUACAGAAUCGAUGGAUGACGACGAUAACGAAGAGCUGUCUUCGAACGACACGGACUCGGACGAGGAAAACAGCACCAACCCUGACGACGAGGACGAAGGUCCGCUAUGGUACUCAUCCUCCACUCGGUCCGGCUUUUGGCUGACAUUCAUUGCGGCAUUGUGGAUGUCGAUACCUUGCUGA